AUGGAGUGGAGGUGGCAGCAUGGUGGUGGUGGUGGUGUUGGUUGUGGAGGUGGUGGUGAAUGUGGAGGUUUUGAAGGAGGUGGUGGUUGUGGUGGUGGUGGUGGGGGUGGAGGAGGUGGUGAUGGUGGUGAAGGAGGUGGUGAUGGUGGUGGUAGAGGUGAAGGUAGAGUUGGUGGUGGUGGUUGUGGUGGUGGUGGUGGUGGAGGUGGAGGUGGAGUUGGUGGUGGUGAAGGAGGUGGUAGUGGUGGUGGUGGCGGUGGCGAUGGUGGUGAAUGUGGUGGUGUAAGUGGUGGAGUUGGAUGUGGAAGUGGAGGUGGUGUUAUUUUUAAAAUGAAUGAUGGUAUUUCGGGAAUUAAAAAAAUUCAUUAA